AUGUGGGAGACCUGCUCACAAAUCCCCACAGUGCUUCGGGAGUUUAGGGAUGUCAAGUGUCGACGUGAUCUCACGAGGAAGAGGAGGAGCCACACACGGAGGAAGAGGAGGUGCCCGGGUCGCCCGUGUCCAGAGGAGAGGAGCGGCCGCCAUGUUAACCAAGAAGCCCGGAGCCUCGGUCCUUCCGACGGGCAAAACGGCGAGUCUGCGUUUGCUCUGGACUCAGCGGCUCUCGGACGACGUCGCCCUGUCACCCUGCCGCCGCUCCGCAAACAAACCCAUCGCAACCUCCUGACGGGAGGUUCUAAAGCUGUAAUGUCGGACGCCGUCCAGUUGCAGGCGCAGGGCCGCAUUACCCACCCGGAUGAGGAGAACUCCAACAAGCAUUCGGUGUUGACAUCUCAGCCCAACGGCCUAGCUCCGCUCACCUCCAAACGGUCUGGCCUGCCGCAGCCAGAGCACCAGUCAUCUGCCUCAGACCCCACCCACUACCGCCAGAGCAGUACAGCUUCCAACAAGAUGACAGAUGGCAAGCCAAAGCCUACCUCCCUAACCCCCGAGCAGGCCAUGAAACAGUUCAUGUCCAAAAUGUCGUUAUAUGAGCACCACGAGAUUUUCAGCUACCCUGAAGUGUAUUUUGUUGGUCCACUUGCCAAGAAGAGAGCCGGAGUCAUGGGCGGAGCCAAUAAUGGAGGCUACGAUGAUGAUCAGGGAUCCUACAUACAUGUUCCUCAUGACCACAUCGCCUAUCGUUACGAAGUCUUGAAGGUCAUCGGCAAAGGCAGUUUUGGGCAGGUGGUGAAAGCCUUCGACCAUAAGACGCAGACUCACGUCGCACUGAAAAUGGUUCGCAACGAGAAGCGCUUCCACCGGCAGGCGGCGGAGGAGAUCCGCAUACUGGAGCACCUGAGAAAGCAGGACAAGGACUCGAGCAUGAACAUCAUCCACAUGCUGGAGAACUUCACGUUUCGAAACCACAUCUGCGUGACCUUUGAGCUGCUCAGCAUGAACCUGUACGAGCUCAUCAAGAAGAACAAGUUCCAGGGCUUCAGCCUCCCGCUGGUCAGGAAGUUUGCCCACUCCAUCCUGCAGUGUUUGGACUCGCUCCACAAAAACCGCAUCAUCCACUGUGACCUGAAGCCCGAGAAUAUUUUACUUAAACAGCAGGGACGCAGUGGCAUCAAGGUCAUAGACUUUGGUUCCAGCUGCUAUGAACAUCAGAGGGUUUACACCUACAUCCAGUCCAGGUUCUACCGAGCACCAGAGGUCGUUCUGGGAUCCAGGUACGGGAUGCCGAUCGACAUGUGGUCCCUGGGUUGCAUCCUGGCCGAGCUGCUGACUGGUUACCCGCUGUUACCCGGUGAGGAUGAAGCAGAUCAGCUGGCCUGCAUCAUUGAACUUCUUGGCAUGCCGAGUCAGAAGCUGCUUGAUGCCUCAAAGAGAGCCAAAAACUUUGUAUCGUCUAAAGGCUACCCGCGGUACUGCACUGUCAAAACACUACCUGAUGGCGGAACUGUGCUUGUUGGUGGUCGCUCGCGACGCGGGAAGCUACGAGGCCCGCCGGCAAGCAGGGAUUGGAACACUGCACUGAAGGGCUGCGAUGAUCCGCUCUUCCUGGAGUUUCUGAAACAGUGUCUGGAAUGGGAUCCGGCAGUCAGAAUGACGCCGAGCCAAGCCCUGCGGCAUCCGUGGCUGAGGAGGCGGCUUCCCAAACCACCAGCGGGAACAACCACAGGAGAGAAGCCCUCUUUGUCAUCAUCCAAACGGGUACACGCUGGCACAGAUGGUGCCAUCACCUCCAUCUCCAAGCUUGCCACGGCCACCACAACCUCCUCCUCCUCCAAAACCAGGACUAACUUAGCAGCCAUCACUGAUGCCAAUGGGAACAUCCAGUCUAGGACAGUCUUACCCAAGCUGGUGAGCUGAGAGUGAACGCACCCCGCUGGCUGAGACAAGAGUUCAGGAGAAAACACGUGGACCUGACGAAAGCACGUCCAUGUCUGAAGAACUUUUUUUUUUUUCUCGUUGGUUGUCACAGCGUUGGGGUGCGUUCAGGACAUUAAAGUUCAUCACGAACUACUGUUAAUGUGUUUUAAAAUGUGCAGACUGGUCAAGCUGGGGUGAGCUGAGCUCAGUUUGUGGUGCGUUCAAGCUCUGCUCAGACAAUCCAGACACACAGCAUGUAGCUUCAAACACAACAACAACCACAUGGUGCUGACCCAGGGAACAAGCCUGCUUUGUUUUUAACGAGCUGAACUAGUUUUUAAUUACCACACACCAAAAACAAAUCCCAGCCUAAGUGUUACAAGGUUCUACCUGACUGAGUGACUGUGUGGCAGAAUUAGUCACGUAGUUUCCUCCUAAUUUUUAGGUUGUAAUUUGGAGUAAUUAGUUACAGCUGCAAAAAAUAAAAAAAUAUCUCUUGCUUUUCCAUCUUUCAUAUGACUAGUUCACUAGUUUUGUGAACCUUAAUUCACAGUUUAUAUAUAUGUAUAUAUAUAUAUAUAUAUAUAUGGUCAAAGUAGGUCAACCUAUUGGUCAGAUUGGCAGUUCACCGAAAAGAAAAAAAAUUCCUUGAAAUACAAAGAUUUGACCUUUUUGAAUGGUGUGCAGUGGCAUUUGUGUUUUCAGUGUGAAAAGAAUCGGCUUACAAAAAAACCCCUUUUAGCAUCAAUAUUAAAUUAUUUUAGUACCAAGUGAGCACAUAGUUGCAGAACACAUUAUUUGCAUAGCCGGCAGCUAAGCAAGUGUAGCCAUAGAGCUAAACUACAGCAAUUAAAUUAUGUGACAGAGGAACUAAUGUGACAGCCGCCUCGUCUUUGGAGGUGUCAUUUUUGUGCUGGUUUCAAAGUCUGCAGCAUCAUAAAGUUUGAUGCUGCGCUAAUCAUCACUGAAUGACUUAAACCCAUAAAGUAAUCCACUAGUCACUUUGAUUACAUUGAAUUAAUUAUGAUCUGAAACUUUUGCUCUUACUUGCCCUAACAACCUGUUAGCUGGCUAAUGUUUUAGCUAGUAGUUGUUCUGCUUUGUAUAGCUAGCUACAUCUUGCCAUCAGUUUGCUUCUGUUAAGGUGUCAUUUUGCUACACAUUUGCAUUUUUUAACUGACUAGCAUUUUGCCUAUCACAUUUUUAAGAUAGUCAACUAGUUGCAGUUGGCUCGUCGUUUGCCUUUUUGACAGCCUGUUGGCUAGCCUUACCCUUUAGCCAUAGCCUGCUAGCUCACGCCACUGCCCAGCCUUACAAAGCACAAACAGAAUGACAAAUGUUUUCAACUCCGCUGAUUUUAGAGCUUUUAAAUGUUUUAUAACUACUUCUGAAUGUUUAGCAGCAUUUAUGAUAUGUUAUUUUAUGGAUUGCGUUCUUUAAUAUUUAUUGUAAGGACAAUAAAAUGAGCUAUGUUAACCAAAGUUGACAUCUACAACCCCAAUCCCAGCAAACUAUCACCGGAUAAUCAGUGCGUCUGAUAACCUGAGUUUAACUUAACCUGAUCUCAGUAUUUUUUUUUUAUGUUUUGGACAAUAUUAGUUGUCACUCAGACUAUUAGCUCAUUAAAUUUAGUGUCCUUUCAGAAGUAAUAAACAUCUUCUAAAAGACAGAAUAACAUUUGUUUUGAUCAUCAGGGCUCGACCACAUGAUUGUAUAUUAAGGCUCGAUAAAGCACUCUUUAGCCUGUUUGGCGUGUUUGAAAGGUUCAAAUUUAAAAACCUGCAGUUUGAGGUCUGUAAAUUGCGUUUCAUCGCACUCUAAACAACAUAGUUCACAACUUUGAAACUUCACUUUAAUUAUGUCAUAUGUUAUUUUUGCAUGUGUUUGUUAUUUGUGCGCAUCAGGUGAAGCAAGGAAUUGGUUGUGAUUGGUGUCUCUGAUGUGUGCCGUUAUCGAUUGAAAUUUUUAGCUGAUUCCAUUAGAUGGCGCUGCUGCCUAGCGUUUUGUUGGUUCCCAGUUUGAGUGAGUGCUCAUGCCAGCAUAGGCCUCGAAGACGUAGCUACCAGCAGCAUUUGAUGCUGAUGUGUAACUCGGAAUAUGAAAGUCUUAAUGUGUGAGAGUCAUAGGCACCCAUGAAAACAUUUAAAGGAAUGCUCUGCAAAGCAAGAAAAACUACAAAAAGCAAAUGCACGUACUCCAGACCACUAGAGGGAAUAAGGAACUUGUUUAGAAUCGGUAUAUUUUCUUCAUCUAGAUUCUUAUGACUUUCCUGCCUUCAAGAAAUUCUACCAAAGAUGAUAAUCACGUGUACGGCUUAACUUUGUCUUCCUGCAAGUUUUAUUGAAGUUGCUGUAAACUCAAAAUGAGCUCAUUGGUCCCUCCAGUGGCCCGGAGCACAUCUGUUAUAACAUAUUUUGACGUGUCUUUCGUUUUCAUUUUUUAUUGGAGUUGGAACAUUCAAAGUUUUGAACCUGUUGGUGCUGCAGCUACAUUUGUUUACAGUUCAGUUUUUGUUGAUCAGUAUCUGCAGCAUCCCUGGAUUUGAAGUCUGUUAUUCCCUAUACUUUAUAUUUUGCGAUUUGCCACGUUUCUGUUUGGUUGGAAUUUCUGUGCACCUUCUGGACCAGGAUCAGCAGUAAUAGUUUUGAGUGCCAAGUGCUUGCUAGCAUCUAUUAACUACAUUUAAUAGUUAAUAAUUGAGGUAUUUCACUCUGCAACCUUUAGAUGUGGCCGGGUUCUGACACACACACACACAAAAAACUAUUUGGAUGAAUAUUUGUGCAAAGUUGUUGCAUUUGUGCUCUUGAAUUAAUGAUUCAUUUAACAAAAUGAAGAAGAAUGCAAAUAAUUAGAAUGGGAGCAAUAACACUAAUUAAGGGCAAGUGGGCGUGGCUUGGAAAUGGUGGAUAACUAUUGACAUAGAAAAAAUUGAUCUUGUCGAUUUGAAUGCAAUUUAUUGAAAAUAGCUGGAUGUUACCAAUGUAUUGCAAAGUUACAUAGUUAAAACCAAAAACAAAAUAUUCUUGAGCCCUCUUGAAUUAUUAUUAUUAUUAUUAUUAUUAUUAUUGUUAUUUUUAUUCUGCUUGUCCUCGUCAUUGUGCUUUUUGACAGAACCAUGUUUAAAAUGUGACCUCUUUGGUGGAGAUAAUUGUUAAAUCAAGAGCACUCUUAUUUUGACUCUUAAAAAUUUGUCAUUUGUACCAGUUAUUUUCUCCCUGAUUAAAAAAAAAUCUGUAAUAUUUAUUAGAAGUAGACUCAGACUAGUUAAAUACGAUGAUCAAAAGAUCAGUAUUGGUGAAUUGAUUACUAAUGUUGGUGGGGAUAAGUUGAUUUUUAUUUAUUUUCUAGACUUUAAUAUUUAUUAAUAUUUACGAUGAUGUGCUGUUUAUACAGUAAUACUUGAAUAUGUGUGUGUGUGUGUGUGUGUGUGUGUGUGUGUGUCAGGUUAUUACAUGUAGCAGUAUGAAUGUUGACUUUAUGACACGUUCUUAUGCUUGUUCCCUCACAAACACACAACAUACACAUCUCUGGCUCUGCCCACAGUGUGUGACUUCACUCUGGGAGGAGGAGCAAGACGACAAACCGUGUGUACUGUAGCACACGGGAUAACGAAGCUAUUAUGAAAACACAGACACUACAGGCUCCGCCCACCUCAGGGAAAGCUCUGCCCCCCCUUCCCCACUGUGUCAGACAUUAUACAGGAGGAUGUUUUUAUUGAUUUUUGUAAUGAUUUGUUUGUUUGUUUUGGUUCGACGUGCUGAGAGUUGUAACUUUGUGCCUUCAGUAUCUCGUUCCAUGACACGCCCUCCCAGCACGCACACAAAUACAUUUUGGUGCAACUCAUUAUGAUGUCAUAAAGACUCUGCAUGAUGAUUUACUUUUGGUCUUCUCCAAUAAAAAUGCCACAGUUGAAUCCAUGACCUCUGACCUCUGUCUCCCAACCUCUGAGAGCAACAAGAAUAUUCCGUUUGUCAAACCCGUUUCACAUCUACACAGUGUGACGCCACAAGAACCUUUUUUCUCCUGAGGUUGGGUCUCCAGACUUUAUGAGAUGUCAUGAACACAGCUUAAGUUUCUAACGUUAACCGAUGUUUACAGAGUGGUGCGAUGCACCGUCACCAACUGAAGCUUUUGGCUCGAUUAGCGCUAGCAUGCAGAUGUCUCUGUGUUUGUGCGCCGUUGGGAUGAGGCGUGUUGUGUAACCCGGCUGCACAAUGUACAAACAUAUCAGCCAACUGUUGCCUGGAGACGAGGCAGGUGGUGCCUACAGACAGCAGGGCUAAGCUAACACUAGCAAAUUGUCCGCUGGUGUGCAGCCGCGAGCUCCUACAGUUUGCUUUAUGGUGAAGCUAAUACUAGCUUUCUGCUAGUAGCCUUCAGAAAGUUUUUACCUGCAAGCUACAGUUGUGUUGCGCUCCUGCAGAAGCGCUCAUGUUAGCUGCUACCAUAGGUAUUAUUGUUGUUAAAAGCUUUCCCCACCACCUUUUUUUAUAUUUGUACCUCAGCUAGCUCUGUUAUUGUUAAUGUUGUCAAUGUUGUGUCUAACACCCAGGGCAUUUGGUUGAUUCUACCAAAGUGCAUUCCUUUACAAAGCUAGCUCUGAGCUAGCUGCUGAAACAGACGGUCGGAUAGAAAGUAAGAUGGAAAGCAAAGUGUACGUGCAUAGAGGAACAUUAGGCCUUUUCAGACCUGCACUUUGCACUGUCAGUUUCCUUAAAGAUUCACUCUGUCAUGUUAAAAAAACACACCAUGUGACACUACCUGCUUAAAGUGUGGAUUAGCAAGGUGAAUUCUAUCGUGUUUUGUGCAGAUAAGUAAAAUGGCUAACUAAUAUGAAGGAUAGUAUUGGAUAAACACUAUAAUAACCACACGUUAUUUACUUGCAGAAGAGCUCAACAAACUAGGUUGAAGCAAGCUACAUGUUAACUAGACAAAGUAGCUGGCAUGGCAAACUAUUGUAGCAACUGGGACAAGCUAACUAGCUUUUAGUUCCUUUAUAUGAACAGUUGAUUGAAGGGAUGCAUUUGUAGUGUAUUUGUUUUUACCCAAACCGCCAUCUAGUUAAUGCUGCGUUUGAUUGCAUUAGGAACUCUGGGGAAAAAAAAGAGUUCUGACUUGGAAAAGUGCUGUCGAAGUUCCAUUCACAUCAGAAUUCCAAGUCCACAACUCAGGCAGGAUCCAUGAAGGCCGAGGUCGCUGAUAAACAGAAUAAGCUUUUUGUUCAUUUUAACUUGUAUGUAGUGUUUACGUUGGGUUUAUUCAGUAAAUGUAUCUGACAAGUCCUGACUUCAGUUGUGGAUCUUGGUGUAGCUCCCAGUACGGCGGUAGGUCACAGGGAGAACAAAAAUGUUGCAGAAAGGAGCUCAAUGUCUUUUUCCCAAGCAGAUGCACUGGGAUGCAUUUAGAUCAGACAUCGGAAACACCGAACGUAAUCGAACACAGCAUUAGUACAUGACAUGGUGCAAAUCCGUUAUGCUAGGCUAACGUGAUUACAGAGCCACGUUUAGAUGCUAGGUAAUGCUGCAAUGCUAUUGGUUGCAUAUCUGAAAAGGGCUAAUUGGAUAGCAGAAAUCAUUUAAGAGGAAGUGCACAGAACAUGUCAUUUUUAACUUUAUGUUGAAGAAGAUUGUGCCACUAGAGGGCGCCACACUGUUUUUCGCAGUUUGAGGCGAGCCUUCCCUGAAAUGUAAUGUGGCAAAUGAAUGAGCGACGCAUAUGAGCCAACAGACAAUUUCUUUGGUUCCUUCGGGCAUACGGUCCACGAGUACCAAUCAAGAAGCAUUGUAUAAAGUGUUGGCGGGAGCCUGACUAGCCUGCUAGCUUGUUGGCAUGAUGCGACACUGUAUUUCUGUGAUGUUUGCCAGCUGAUUUUUUUUUAAAUGAUUUUUACCUGUACAUAAUGUGGAAAGCUGUUUUAAAGUCGGGCGUUAAUUGCGCUGCUAUGCCACGCCCACUGGUUUUACGAAGUACUGUAUCUGCUGUACACAAACAUGAGUCGACACUUUUCUAGUGAGCCUUUGUUAAAAAUUUUAUUAUGGUUGGAAGAACAUUAAUAAAGCAUUUUAUUGUUCACCU